AUGAGUGUUAUCUGGUCUGACUCCUAUGCUCUAUCAAAUGAUGUUUUCGUUUUGAAUGUGAACAAUCUUUCCCCAGUCUUCACCUCCUUGUGUUUUGAACAAUUGCCCCAAAUUGAAAAAUCUGAAAUUGAUUUGGGAAGACCCUCCCCUGGUAAGCGUUGGAGGUUGGGGCAGUCAUCAAGAAACUAUGUAGUGGGAGAGAAGAGGUUAGAGAGACCCUUGCAGUCCAUUUUUCUAGAUUUGGACAAUCAGAGAUAUUCAAAUGUGUAA